CUUCUUCGUGACAGAACGUACGGCUCGCUUGGGUUCGGCUACAGACGCCGGCGGCAUUGCGAAACUCACGUUGAGAGAGGGUUUACAGUAACUAUCCCAUCCUAGACCUUAUCAUUAGUUUCCUCCCAUCUCGUUUGUAGGGGCCAGGUUCUUCACACGCCGUUGAUAUUUUGUCUUGAUAAUACACUCAGGCCACGCAAAUGGCCAGAACAAAAGGCGGCGGCUCAGAAGCAAAAGCCCAGCCAGCCCUCGAAGAUCCUACGGUUGCGCCAUCGACCUUCAAUGACGGGCUCCCGUUGCCUAAACUCUUUGUUUUUGAUCUGGAUUAUACCUUGUGGCCGUUUUGGGUCGACACACACGUUAGUCCGCCGCUGAAAGCAAAGGACAAUAAUUCGCGAUGCGUGGAUAGGUGGGGUGAAUCUUUCGCAUUUUACCCCGCCGUAUCCUCCAUCCUACACGCAUGCCGCUCGCGAUCUAUACCCUUAGGCCUUGCAUCGAGGACUCACGCCCCAGACCUCGCUCGAGAUAUGCUUAAAACACUAUACAUCAUCCCGUCCUUCUCGGAUAACCCGGCGGCAGCAAACAAUCGCUCCGUCCGCGCCCUGGACUUUUUUGACUACAUUCAGAUUUUCCCUGGGGAUAAGGCGCAGCAUUUCACACGAAUACAGCAGGCGAGUGGCAUACGGUAUGAGGAUAUGUUGUUUUUUGACGACGAGGCUAGGAAUCGAAAUGUGCAGACGGAAUUGGGGGUUUCGUUCUGUCUGGUGCGGGAUGGGAUGACGCGCGAGGAGGUAGAUCGCGGUGUCUGGGACUGGAGGAAGAGGAUGAAUAUUACUACAGGUGCGGAUAAAGGACAAGGAGCAGAAGUCGAAUAG